AUGGUUUCAAACCAACAGUAUUCCGAGAUGCACAACCAGAUGGCCAUGAUGCACGGGGAUGUACGAGAAGGCCACGAUCUGCAUUUGAUGCAGCCCCACCAUCACAGCGAGCACCAGAUGGAGGAGCAGGAAGAAAGUGAUGGAGAAGAGGGGCACCACUCCAUGACGCCGGGCAUGGAAGGCACUUCUGGAGGCGAUCCGAGGGCUUCUGCCAUGCUCCCCGAGCAGGACAGGCUGUUGCCGAUUGCAAAUGUAACCCGGUUAAUGAGGACGCAAAUUCCGGAAGCUGGAAAGAUGGCCAAAGAAGCGCGUGAACUCGUCCAGGAUUGUGCCUCGGAAUUUAUCUCCUUCAUCACGUCGCACGCAAAUGAACGCUGCCUACAGGAACGGCGAAAAGUGGUCACCUCAGACGAUCUACUCGACGCGUUACGUGAUCUCGGCUUUGACGAGUACAUCGAGCCCAUGGCAAUGUUUCUAAACAGAUAUCGACGAGAGCUGGGCAAGGAGGGCCUCGCCCGGCCGCCAAUCGUUCAUCCCCCGCCCGGCUAUCAACACGACGACGGGCAGACGCACCAGAAGCCGAUUCUCCUGCCGCAGACCGCGAAUAAUGAAUCGAUCAAUCACGCGCCCACCUCACUACAACCUGCGAAUAUUCAAAUAUUGGUGGACCCCGAAACCGGCCAGCAUUACAUGACGCAGCCAGGCGAAGACGACGAACUGGCGCUGAUCCCGAUCGAGAUGACCGAGUUCGUCGAUGGGAGCCAUAAGUCGCCGGAUGGACAAGAAGCCCAUGUCGGCAUGGUGGUGGCCCAUGAAGCGCCAAGCAUCCACCACACUCCCGCCGUCCCCCAACAUCAGAUCGUCAUCGAGCAACACCCGAUGCAAACGAUGGCCCCCAGCCAAGCCCCGAAGAAAACAACGGGGCGUACACCACCAAAGAAGGCCCCUCCGCCACAAACGCCAGUCAGGGAGACACGCGGCAUGAAGCGGCAACGCCUAGAA